GUGUGUGUCUGUGAGUGUGUGUGUGCAUGUGAGUGUGGGUGGCUCCAGUACCUGGCUAAGCUCACCACCUCCACCUGGGCCCUCUAAUUCCCAACAUGUGUACCCCUCUCAUCUGCCCUGGAGCCUGUGCAGCCAUGCCACGCUGCCCUGGAGAGGUCUAGAAAGCUGGUCAGUAACUUUGCAGACGGAUGAGCUCUGAGCAGCCAGAGGAGACUGGGGCUGUCAGCGCUGGCCCCCUGACCUGCCAGUUUGGAUCCCCUCACAGGGUCCUCCUAGACUCCCGACCGGAACCCUGACCAUGGAACCCUGAAGUUUUCUGACUUCCUGAGCUCAGUGGCAGACCUCCCCACCCCAGGCCCUUCCUGCCCCUCCCGCAACCAGCUUUCAGGCUCCCAGAGGGAGGGGUGGGGAGGGGGUCCUGAUCUCACUGGGCGGGGGGCAUCCAUCAUGAUGCUCAACUCAGACACCAUGGAGCUGGACCUGCCUCUCACCCACUCUGAGACCGAGUCCGGCUUCAGCGACUGUGGGGGCGGGGCGGGCCCCGACGGGGCGGGGCCCGGGGGGCCGAGGGGCGGCCCGGCCCGGGGCCUGGAACCUGGAGAGCCGGGCCGGAAAGACCUGCAGCACUUGAGCCGCGAGGAGCGUCGGCGCCGGCGGCGCGCCACAGCCAAGUACCGCACGGCCCAUGCCACGCGGGAGCGGAUCCGUGUGGAAGCCUUCAACUUGGCCUUCGCCGAGCUCCGCAAGCUGCUGCCCACGCUGCCCCCCGACAAGAAGCUUUCCAAGAUUGAGAUCCUGCGCCUGGCCAUCUGCUACAUCUCCUACCUGAACCACGUGCUGGACGUGUGAACACGGCCUGCCUCCCCGCCGGGUCCACCCGUCUCACCCUCUCACUGCUUAGAACGGCCUCGCCUUCCUGAGCCCCUGUACCUCCGCAUGGCAUGUACCCACAGGCCCCGGGCCCAGGCAGAGAGCCCACUGGUGGGUCAUGGAGGCGACUUUCUUUGACUCACCCAGGCACCCGGAGAGCUCCUCUCGUGGGUACCUUCCACGGUUAGUGGUCGGGGCCCAGCUGGCUCGAAAUGUUUGCUGGGCUGGGGGGUAUAGUCUUGGCUUGCUUAUGGGCUGCUCCCUCUUAUACUCCUAGUCCCAGAUUUUCAGAGACUUCCCCCCUCCCUUCCCCAGACCCCAACUCUGCCUCCCACCCUCCUUCUACCCCGCUCCAGCUUUUCCUGCCCAUAGCAGGGAGGGGCAUGAGAACAGGAAGGGGGAAGGCUGGGAUUAGAGUGGGGUGGGCUUUUUCUUAAGCAUCCCAGUCUAGCCCUGGGAGGCGGGGGCUCCAGGAGUUAACUCCUCUGAGGGGCAUCUCAGUAGCUGGGAAUUGUGGGAAGACUCCCUGUUUUCUACGUCUUUCCUGAGGCUUAGCAUAUACAGACCUCGGUUCUUACUUGGUAGUGAGUGCCUUGCCCUCUCUGAGCUAUUUGGCCCUCUCCCUUCCCCUUCCACCCAAGCCUCCCAACUUGCUUCUUCCUUGUGUGCAGCUAGAGAAAGGGAAACCUAGAUCUGGGGGUAGGGGAGCAUGUCCCCAGACUCAGCCCAGAGGAUCUGCAAAAGGCCGCGGCAGUGGGUGGGCUGGAUCUCGGGUCUGCUCCCUCCUUCCCCGCCCACCACGCAGAUGUGAGAAGCCCACACUGGUUUCCCUGUUGGGUGCAGGGGUUAUGCCCCAUUAUUGCCCUCUGGGAAAGCUCAGCUCUUCUGCCCUAUGACUUGUUUAUUGUAUUUUCUUCUCUUUCCUUAAGCUGCCUUUAGCAGGGGAGAGACCCCUACCCCACCCCACCUUGAGGCCCUCUUGUCCCCGCCCUUCCCCCAUGUUGCCGAGCCCACCUGCUCACUAGCUGGGGUCAGUGACAGAAUGAAGGGCCAGAGAACCUGUGUAGAAGAGAUGAGCUCCCACACUUCCCAUGUUCCACCUCCCUCACACCAAACUCCUAAGCUCUACAAGGAUAUUAUUUAUUUACGUAUUUAUUUAUUCAUCUAUUUAUUUACUUAUUUAUUUAUAAAUAUGACUACUAUUUAUUGCCGAGUCGUGCACUUUGGGGUAGAGUGAGGAGGCUCCUGGCAGCCCUCGCCUGGCCUUCCUUACUUUCUCCCUGGUUAUUCCCUUCCCUUUCUUGUUCCUUCUGCAACUCCAGGUGUGUGGGGGACCCCUUUCCCUCACCACACCCAUAUCCCCUCCUAGGACCCAUCUGUCCUGACGCCCUAAUCCUCGGGAUGAUACUCCCUUUACCCUGCCAGCACUCCUGGAUCCUUCUUCAGCUCCCUUCAUCCCCAGACAAUCCCACCCCAGUCCUGCCUGCUUCUUUUCUCUUUCCAACCCUCCCCCACAAUCCUUACUUCUUCCUAAGAACCCCCCCCCCCCAAACAGUGGGCCCUCAGGGGUCUGUGUCCCGUGUGUGAGUCCCUCCUGUUGAAAUUCUGAUUUCAUAUACAAGGAAAAAUUAAAGUGACCUC